GAGAGUGAACACCACGUUGGUGAAGCUCACAGAGGAGAGAGCGCCAAAUUGGUAAAUGAGCGCGUAAUACUCUAGAGAGAGACAGACAUUGGUAGGUAAUCUAGAGAGAGAGCACCGCAUUGGUAAAGCUCACAUAGGAGAGAGAGAGCUCCAAAUUGCUAAAAGAGCGAGUAUACUCUAGAGAGAGAAAGUUAUUGGCAGGUAAUCUAGAGAGAGAGAGCACCACAUUGGUGAAGCUCACAGAGAGGGACAGGCAUUGGUAGGCUAGAGAGAGAGAUCUAGGUAACCCUCAGGGCGGAGAGGGGGAGAGAAUCCCGGAGUGAGAGAGCCCGUUGCGAUUCAGGGUGUAGUGAGAGAAGAGAGCAGAGAGCUGUGCUAUAUCCUGGAGAGAGAGAGUGAGGGAGAGCUCUGAUCCUAGAGAGAGACAGCUAUUGCAAAAUCCUAGAGAGAGAAAGGGAGUGAGCUGAUCCCGGAGAGAGAGACCUUGUUGAAUCUCAGGAGAGAGAGAGAGAGAGAGAGAGAGAAGGCAUAAUGGAGAAGCCCCGUUCGGUUUUUUGUGGCAGUGCAUGUGGGGGCUGGUUAUCAUUCCCCUUCCAACCACAAAGCCUACGGGCGAGCCAUGAGGAGAGCCUGCCUCGCUGCUGCUUCCAUUCUCUCCAAGGAAUCUGGCGAAUGCAUUGAUGCUGCAUCAGCUGCCAUUAAAGUAUUGGAAGAUGAUGCAAGCACCAAUGCAGGAAGAGGUUCAAAUUUAACUGAAGAUGGCAGUGUAGAAUGUGAUGCUAGUAUUAUGGAUGGACAUUCUGGUGCAUUUGGAGCUGUUGGAGCAGUACCAGGCCUACGGAAUGCUAUCGAGAUCGCUGCACAUUUGGCGAAGGAACAUCUUGAGGGACCUCAACUCCUUGGUCGAAUUCCACCCAUAUUCUUGGUUGGCGAAGGCGCACGUGAGUGGGCUCUGUCUAAGGGCAUCAUUUCUCAAGAAAGUUCAGCAGAGGUUGAUAAAUGGCUAGUGACUGAAAGGGCAAAAGAACAAUGGUUUAUAUACAAAGCAAUGCUUGAUGAUGCUAAAAGAGGGGGUGGAUCUUCCACAGAUGAACUUCCUUCAUGCCCCGGAACAAUGCAUCAAUCAUUGGCAAGUUCAGGUGAAGCUCAACUAUUUCCUGAAAAAGGAAAUGGUAAUGGAAGCAUGGAGAUUUUGGAGGUUGAAGUUAACAAGGAUGCCAUUAUGGACACUGUGGGAGCUAUUUGUGUUGACUCUCUGGGACAUGUGGCGUCGGGGGCCUCAAGUGGUGGAAUUGCACUGAAGGUCAAAGGGCGUGUUGGACUAGCAGCAAUGUAUGGUUGUGGAUGCUGGGCUGACUCAAAAGGUCCCUUUGGUGCACCUUUCCCAGUUGGUUGCUGUGUUAGUGGUGCUGGAGAAAAUUUAAUGAGAGGAUUUGCUGCACGUGAAUGUUGCUUGUCGUCAUCAUUAUCACAGGCUGGUCCUACCUCUGCAUGUACAAAGAUAUUGAAAGCGAUACUCAAAGAUCGGGCUCAAGAAUUUGAAGAUAGAGGGUCAGGAGUGUUACUUGUCCAAGCUGACAUUCACAAGGAACACUCGAGUAACUCAGAACGACUAAGUGCAGUAGAGCUCGUUGCUGCAUACUCGUCCUCAUCGUUUGGAAUUGGAUAUUAUGGGAGCUCAAUGAAUCGACCUAAGGUAUCAAUCUUGAGUAGCUCCAGAGCUACAAAUAGCAAAGAAGUUGAUCAUUUUGGGGCACGCUUCGACCUAGCUACUAUGGAAUAACUAACAUUAAAAAUAAGGGAUAUUGGAUUAUUUCAAUUAUUAACCGAAUGUUUACUGUAUGCAGAAUUUCUUGGAGAUAACAAUGUCGUACUCAAUCAUUUUA